AUGGCUCGCAUUCACUGUGAUACCAAGUUUUGCAGGGAACGAUUCCAUCCCCACUGUGUGUCACCAUUUGUGCUAGAGCUUACAAGCUUGUUUGCUGUAAUCAACUCAGAAGAAGAAGAAGGCAUGAUUCGUACUUUCUUUGGUUAUGUUAACUUCCUCGGAGCUGUAGCAAUCCUAGUUGCGGCUGCAGUUGCUGGUAUGGUAGGAGGGAUGGCUCUGCUUGUUACAUUGGAUGGUGCUAAAGUUGGCUUCAUUAACCCUCAGCAACAAAUAACUACACCAUAUCCUAUACAGAAGAAUUAUAGAUCUAUGUACUGGAGCUUGUUUGUUAUUCCUUCAGGGAAUAUAUGUUUGCGUCUUUCAACUGCAGAACUUGCUGGAACCCCUAGAAUCCUUGCUCACAACAUGAGAAUCGUGAAAAUAUAA